CCCGGAAGCGGAUGUGACGCGCAGUCGGGCGGUGCGCGGCGGCGGCAGCUCCAGCCGCCAUGGAGGUGCGGGAGCCGCUGCGGGACCUCUGCGGCGCUCUGCGGGCCGUGUUAGCGCGGGUCCGAGAGGGCGAGCCGAGUGAGGGCCGCGAGGCGUUCGAGCUGCCGCGCUUCUGGGACGCCCUAGGUCAGACAUUCAAAGUAACAUCACAGGAGGCUACAAAGCUGAGUCUAGCAUUCUCAAGGCCUCCACCGACUUCUGCAGAGGAUUGCCGGAAGCUGAGUGAAGAUGUCCAAAAUGCCAUUCUUGCAGUGGCCACAGUGUACUACUGGCUCCCCAAGGGCCAAGGUACUACUCUUCGGAAGAUGGUACGAGAUGCUACCACUGAAGUAGUGGAAGGAAUGAUCCAACUCACAGAAACAAUUCUCAGUGCUCCAUUGGAGAGCUUGUCUCAGGAACAGCUUAUAUCAACUGGUGGUGUAUGGGAGGCAUGUGAGCAAGUGUCCAACCUGCCACGAGAUAACCAGGCAGCAGUUGUGUCAGCUCUGGCUGCAUGUCUAGGUGUGGUCAAAGAUGCUCUGGAGGAGAUGGAACAUGCUCUGGUGGAAGGGCAAGACCCCUACAGUGACAUUAUGGAAGAUGAAGAGCUGGGCUUUCGGGGCAACAGAGAUACAUAUUGGUCAGAAGCUGACCGGAAGCUGCUUAGCUCCUGCAUGGGUUUAAUGAAGGCUUCUAAAGCUUGCCUGAAGAAGGUCUUGGGUGUAGUGAAAGCUCAUGGCAAAGCUGAUUCUCCAGAGCACAUUGCUCAGCUGGAUGAUCUUGCAGACAUUGCUAAUGACAUCAGUCCAAGUGUUGACGAACUGGCACUGAGCAUGUAUCCACCUACGAACCACUUGGCUGUGCGACUCAAUGUGGAAAUGCAUUCCUCAUCUUUACUUCUUCAGGGAAGAGCAUGGCUACUUGAGUUCAGAGUUGGCUCUGAAAUAUCAUCUGUAGAGGUGUUCAAUGGCAGUACCUCAGAAAAGUGAGGUAUAAGGCUGCUGGUGUACUAUAUGUCUACUUUCUUCCUUGAGUAAUGUAGACUUGCUCAAAUGAAGUUAUCUAAAUUAAAAAUACAUAUUAAAAAUUCUCACAGUGUGGUUAAGCCCUGAAAUAAGCUGCUCAGAGAAACAGUGGAAUCUCUGUCUUUGGCAAUACUCAAAAGUUGGCUGGGUAAGGCUCUGAGCAAUCAGACUGACCAUUGAGGUAGGCCUUGCUUUGAGCAGGAGGUUGUACUAGAUGACUUCCAGGGGUUCCGUGCAUCAUAAAUCAAGUACCUGUCUUCUUGUAUCUGAGAUUUUUUAUUCUUAAUUCCGGUUUCAUGCCUUUGGCUGGUGGCUGAUUUUGGGGGGUAAAAAGGAGAGUAUUGCUUAAUAUCAAAUUACAUUGCAGUCAGUCACUUGUAAGUUCAGGCCUCAAUACCAGUUACCAAUUUCUAAUAGGCUUAUCUUUUUAAAGGAAAAAGCAUUUUCAUGUAUGCUUUAAAAAAACAAACCUUCCAUUAUUUUCACUUGUCCCAGCCAGCAGUAGGGUGGGAGACACUCCCAGCCAGCAUGGCAGUGAUAGAUAGCUUCCUUCUGCAUCAGGGUCUGUGGCAGUUUUACUGAUUCUUGGCUGUGUUGGGCAUUCCUGCGCUUCCCUUUUUUUUACAGUACUGCUGAGCCCUGUUUUUUCCAUGCUUGGUUUACUUUAUUUCCC